CAAAAAAGAUAACAUGGACAACUCUAGGACCCAGUAGACAAACAGACUCGGAGACAAAUAGGUGAAGCAAAUUAUUUCUAGAGUUUUGCCGCGGAGUAUAUUUCAAUGGCGGGUUCAUGUGAAUCGUGAUCGCAUAACUUCACUAUAAUCGUAAGAGAGAAGAGGAUCUGGGCACAUACACAGAGAUGGAAGAUCGGAGGAUAAUAGAGGCGGAGAGACAACAGAUCGAGCAGAUUCGAGAGCUCGAUUUUGAGGAAUUGCAGGUUGAGGAAGUUGAUGAAGACUCCUUUGAUGACCACCUUGAUGCAAAUGGUUCCGCCUCCUCGGAUGAGUUUACAUUCAACACUUGCCUGGCUUCUUUGCAUACAUAUCUUGGUGAGGUUGACGAUACUCACAACAGAGCGGCCUUUUUGGAUGGAGGUGCUGUUUUGAACCUCCCGUUGUUCUAUCUUGAAGGAGUUGUUCUUUUCCCAGAGGCCACCCUACCUUUAAGAGUCAUUCAGCCCAAUUUUAUAUCUGCUCUCGAGAGGGCAUUGACCCAAGUUCAUGCACCUCAUACCAUAGGCGUUGUUCAUGUUUACAGGGAUCUUGAUAAUAGAAGAAUAAGGUUUGCAUCAAUCGGGACAACUGCAGAAAUCCGUCAAUACCGCCGAUUGGAGGAUGGGUCCAUGAAUGUUGUUACUCGCGGUCAACAGCGGUUUCAUCUAAAGCGCCGUUGGAUUGAUGUUGAAGGAGUGCCAUGUGGUGAGGUUCAAAUUAUCCAAGAAGAUCUACCAUUAAGGAUUCCUCGGGAUGCAUUUGGGAAAGUGCCACCAUUAUCUAAACUGCAUAGCUGUGGCCCCUCCUUAUGCAGGCUACCUUUAAAUGCCACAUCACACAGCCAUGGAGAUGGGGACAAUGAUUCAGAGGGAAGCUUUGAGAAUGAGCUUUCACUAGAUGAAAGGAUAAUUCACCAAUCUGUAGUUGAUUCUUGUUAUGGGUACGACACUAUGGAUGAAUCCACCAGCAGUGAUGAUGACAAGUCUGCAUUUCAAUCUAGGAUCAGGUCUAGUUGUUCCCCCCAAAGUGACUCAAACUCCAUGGAAUCAUUGCAUUUGUGCUACAGGAAAGAAAUUAAACAUGCUGCUGUAGGAAUUGGGAAUGAUUCCACAUCAGGAAGGCCUUCUUGGAGAGGGGAUGGGUCAAGAAGGUCUUGGAGAAGAGCUGAUCUCACACAGUUCCAUGCAGUUCCAGGAGCGUUUUGGCCAUAUUGGGUUUAUCGUAUGUAUGACUCCUAUUGUCUUGCCCAGAAGGCUGCAGAUAUGUGGAAACAGAUAGUUGGGACACCAAGCAUGGAUGCCUUAGUGAAGAAGCCUGAUCUCUUAUCAUUUUAUAUUGCUAGUAAAAUUCCUGUAUCUGAAUCAACAAGACAGGAGCUUCUGGAGAUUGACGGCAUUUCAUAUAGGUUGCAGAGAGAAAUUGAGAUACUCAAUAAUUUUGAUCUUAUUCGAUGUAGAACUUGUCAGACCGUGAUUGCAAAGCGAAGUGAUAUGUUGGUGAUGUCUACCGAUGGUCCUCUUGGUGCCUACGUGAACCCACAAGGUUAUGUGCAUGAGAUAAUGACUGUUUACAGAGCAAAUGGCUUAGCACUCUGGGGCCGUUCGCAAACUGAGUACAGCUGGUUUCCAGGCUAUGCAUGGACAAUCACGAACUGUGCCACUUGCGAAACCCAAAUGGGAUGGCUAUUUACAGCCACAAAGAAGAAUUUGAAGCCUAAAUCGUUUUGGGGCAUACGGAGUUCCCAGGUUGCCGAUGGUGUGCAUUAAACAAUUAUAUUUCCACUGUCUUUUAGAUCUUUGCCAUUCUCCUCGUGAUGAGCUUAUUUUGUAUAUAUGGGACGUAUAUCACUUGAAUCAACUGUCCUGUAACAUCAUAUCAUAUUAAUAGGUUAUGUUCCAGUGUGAAAUAAUCACAUAUUCAUUGGUUAACUUUCAGUUCUAGUUUGUUGGAAA